AUGCCUCCUUUUAUCGACCAACUCCAGUUCUACGAGGCUCUGCGAAACCAGGCCAACCCCGCCAUCGAGGCACUUGCUGCAAAUGACCAUGCGCGCGACCGCUCGCUUAGACGCUUCGAGCGCGAUGACCCUCCGGCGUACGUAUCGUCGACUGACACGGAAGAGCUUGACGAUGCUUUCCCCAUGCCCCCGCCAGGCGGCCCGCUGCCACAAGACGUGAAAGACAUCAUGGACCCUCCCAUCACCGACGACGAACUGCAGAGUAUUGCUUUCAACUUGCAAGAAAUCCUCCGGCCCGCCAAGUUCUACUACACAGAGUGCAAGUUCGAGGGCGCUCGCCUGGAAUGUUACGACCACUUGAAUCCCAUGUUGACAGGAAAGGACGGCAAUCGCCGAAUAGGCGUCUUGGCUCGUCGCAAUGUCAAGCGUCGCUGGGAGAGACUCGGCGUCUGGAACCCCCGGUGGGGGUUUCCUGGACGCAACGUGCAGCCCAACGACUCUGUCGGCACGUGGAAGUGGAGGUGGCAGGAAGACGACCCUGACGGCAGCUCGGCGAAUGGGAGGCAGCUCGUUGCACGCGCUCUGCGCCUGCGCCAGAAUCUGCGUCGUGGCGAGAGUGUCCCCGUGCCCCCGCGGUCUUGUUUGGAGCCUGAUGCCACUGCCUCGCAAGCCGAGUCAUUCCUCAUCUCCAGGCCUUGGUUUACAUUUCAGAUUGAACUGGGCGAGGAACAUGCGCGGUAUGAUCGCCUCUCCAUGAUGCAAGAACGGCGUUACCCACGCAUUGUCCGGAAGCAAGUCGUGGGAUGGUGGAGGGAGCGGGGGGACUGGAGGGACGAGUUUAACGAUGGGCUUUGGGUUACUUCGUGGAAGUGGCGGCACGAGUCUCCCUCCCCAGAGCCCGAGGACCUCACACAUUUCACACCCAGCGACCAUCUGAAAGACAGCCCUCUCAAGUUGAGGGACUUUAACCCCCUCGAGACUAUGGACUUUACCCCCUCCGAGACUGAUGCUCUGGAGGCCAUUGAGCUUCCAAGCCCCGAACAGCCGGAAAAGUUCUGGGCCGUAUGGCGCGGCGACUGGCCGCCCUUCUUCCCUGGACAGAUGCUGGACCCUACUGGGGCCAGCGCCAGCGCCAGCGACGAGAUGGGGUGGUCAGGGCUCGGGACCAUGAACAACCGCCACCACCGCCCCGACGCAGUGCCAGAGUCGCAGCCAUGA